AUGGAAAAGAAAAAUUAUUACGCAGUCAUUGGAGCUGGCCCAGUGGGUUAUGUAUUGUCAAUUUUGCUAGCUCUAAGAGGAUUCAAAGUUGAGUUAUUUGAGAAGAGACCUGAUCCAUUAACCACCUCUUAAUCUGGUGAAUGGAGAUCCACAAACCUUAAGAUUAUUAAAAGAUCCUAUCCUGCUCUUAGAAGAGUUGGAGUUUUUGAAGAAUUUUUAAAUUACUCAAUAGAAAUGUUCUAAAUAAAGACUAUCUUGCAAAAUUAAGAUGAGUUUGAGAUACUUUUUAGGGGCAAUCUUCCUGGGAGCACUUCUUAUUCAAUAAAUAGAGUAGAGAUAUAAGAGAUUCUCGCUAGAAGGAUUCAAGAUUUUUAGGACAAUAUUAUAGUUCAUUACAACGCUUGCAUCUCAAAUGUUCAGAUUGAUUAAUAAAGUUUUGAUGUUAAGUACUCAGAUGGAAAAAUAGAGACAAAAAGAGGUUAUGAAAUGGUUUUUGGUACUGAUGGCAUUCACUCAGCUGUUUAGCAAGCCUUCCUAACUAAACCUGGAUUUAGCUAUUCAAGAGAGUAUAAUGGAUAUGGUUAUACAGAGCUUUAAAUUCCUGCUUUGGAGACUUAAGAAGGUAGUAAAUUUAGAAUUUAGUAAAAUACAUUUUUUCAUUGGCCAAGAAAUAAUGUAGAUGUCCAUAUGUGGGGCCUACCAAACUUCGCUGGGGAUAUCAAUAUAGGUCUAUUUAUGAAAGUUACUGGGGAGCACUCAUUUGAGUAUUUUAAGAAAUCAGGAUUUGAUGUAUUUCAGAAAUUCAUGUUUGAAUAUUUUCCUGAUUCAAAAUUACUCAUGCCUAAUAUGAAAGAUUAUUUUGAUAAAUGCAAUUUGACUCGAAUAGUAACAAUGAAAUGUGGACCUUGGAAAUUCGGAAAUUUCUAGCUAGUUGGUGAAUCAGCACAUGCCUAGAAUCCUUUUGGAGGGUUGGGUUUCAAUGCUAGCAUGGAGGAAUGUGUAAUGAUAGAUGAUUUAAUUGAUAAGUACUAAUGUGAUUGGAAUCUUAUCUGUGAUGACCUAUAUAAAAGUAGAAAGCUUACUGCUGACAAAAUGAAUGAAUUUGGUGAUUAGUAAUUUACUCUCUACAAAGACUAACUAUAUGAUGAACCAGUAUAAAUAAGUUUGAUACUUUAAGAUUACCUCAGUAGAGUUUACAGCGACAUCUUUCAAUCUUCGAGUUAAUUCAUAAGAUUUGAUGAUAAAGACUUCUUAGAAUGCUUGAAAUUUAUUCCAGUUGAAAACCAAUUAAUUGAUGAUCUUGUUAAGCUAAUACCUGAUAUUUUGGAUUUAGCUAAAACUAGUAGAUUUGAUUAACGAGUUUUUGAAAUUGUUGAUAAAUACAGAAAUUUAACUGAGUUGGCUUCAUUUAAGAAUUAAAAGUCAAAUAUAAAAAUAGACAAGUAAAAUGGAUAUGCUUUUGAAAACUUAUUUGCAAAGUACAUGUCCUCAUAUAAAUAAUACACACCUGAAAUUUGA